AUGACUGAGAGGUCCACCAGCAGCUGGAGCGCCGGCGGCUGGGUGCUUGCACUGUGCCUCGCCUGGCUGUGGACGCGGCUGGCCUCUGCUUCCUUGCAGCCUCCCACAUCCACAGGUUUGGGGAAGCAGGGCACCUGUGAGGUGGUUGCUGCCCAUCGCUGCUGCAACCGGAACCGCAUUGAGGAGCGCUCCCAGACGGUCAAAUGCUCCUGCCUCUCUGGCCAGGUGGCUGGCACUACGAGAGCAAAGCCCUCCUGUGUGGAUGCCUCCAUCGUCCGGCAGAAGUGGUGGUGUCAGAUGGAGCCCUGCCUGCCAGGGGAGGAGUGUAAGGUGCUCCCGGACCUGUCAGGGUGGAGCUGCAGCAGUGGACACAAGGUCAAAACCACCAAGGUCACACGGUAACUCUCGGAGGCCAUGCUUUAGGCAGGACAGCCUUGACUGAGCACUGGAC